GAACUGCUGGACACGGAAAUAAAGUACUGUCGAGAUCUGACGAUGUGUUAUCGCAUAUUCUCGCAGGGAUUACACGCAGUGAUAAACAGUAACUUAGCGGACCAGCUUUUCUUAAAUUGUGAACAGCUCAUCAGAACCUCGCAACUCAUUGCCGAUUCACUUGCGCAAGAUUCUCCCGGUGAUGCGUUCGUGAAACACGCUGAGGUGCUGCGUGCUUAUGUUGAAUUCUGUUCAAAACAACAAUCUGCGCUGGAAAAGUUGAAUGAGCUUGAGCAGACGAAUGCUGCCUUCCGACAAAGUACUGAAAAGGCCUAUAUGCUGUUGAAAUCGAUGUGUGCAGAAAUCAACAGUGUGAUCAGUGCCAUGGACAACUCCAAUAUGCUUGUCUGGGCGCAGCAGCAUAUCCACUGCGAAUCUAUUCAGCCUCCUCUCGUAUUCCCUUCAUCUACUCGGAAAGUGGGACCUCGCUCCCUUUUACAUUCUGGUGCUUUACAAAAGCAGCGAAGUGGAAAAACACUAGUUGCGUUUUUGUUCAAUGACUUUUUUAUGCUCACAACACCUGCCGAGCCAAUUGAACAGCUGGAGGAAUUCAGAAUCCAAAAAACAAGUGAAAUACAUCUGAAUUUGUAUAAGACACCCUUGCUACUGGAAAAUAUCCGAGCUUUUCAAAACAAGGAAAUGGAUUCUUGCUCGUUUGAAGUGCGGUCUGGGGAUGUUUCGGUAGCGCUGCGCGCUCCGAAUCGGAAUGCUCGCGUUUUCUGGAUGGCACAGAUUGAAAAAGCAGUUAACGAAUAUCGAGGUUGCUGCCAGACUGUAAAGGUUUCUUUCAUUCGACUUUUCUAA